GGAAGAAGUAUGGGGACCAUACACAUUUCCCUUGGCAACAGUUGGAUUCGUGGUUCUCCUCCUGUUCCUCUUGGAUUCAAUGUGGAGUUUUCUUCAGACGUGCAGAGCUCUAUUGGCACCACUGUUCAUUCCAAAUGAGCAAACUUCUUUGUUGAAGAAAUAUGGACCUUGGGCAUUAAUCACAGGAUCAACAGAUGGAAUUGGUAAAGCCUAUGCCUUCGAGUUGGCGAAAAGGGGAAUCAAUAUUGUCUUAGUAAGCAGGAACGAAGAGCGGUUGAAAAACACUGCCAAAGAAAUAGAAUCUGAAUAUUUUGUGAAAACCAAAAUUGUAGUAGCCGAUUUUUCACAGGGAUUCAAAGCUGUUGAAUUAGUUAAAAAAGCAGUCGGCCUCCUACCCAUCAAUAUUUUAGUAAAUAAUGUCGGGAAACAGUACGAAUAUCCCAUGUACCUAUCAGAAGUGCCCGAGAAAGAGCUCCUGGACAUCAUCAACAUCAACGUCGGAGCAGUCACUAUGAUGUGCCGAGCGUUCAUCGACGACAUGAAGAAGAGAGGACGAGGAGCCAUAGUGAACGUAUCUUCAGGGUCUGAGCUGCAGCCUCUUCCUCUGAUGACAGUUUAUGCAGCCACGAAGGCGUACAUAAAGAGCUUCACGGCAGCCCUUCGCUACGAGUACGGCAGCACCGGCCUGACUGUGCAGCAUCUGGCACCCAUGUUUGUCAACACAAAGAUGAACGCUUUCAGCGCCAGGCUUCGCACCAGCACAUUCUUCGUGCCCGACGCUCGGGAAUAUGCCGCCUAUGCCGUCGCGACGCUGGGCAAGGUGGACGAGUCGUCAGGGUACUGGACGCACGGCAUACAGACUUUCUUCACAAAAUUCCCGCCAUCUUGGAUUCGAAUGUAUAUUGGAGCUCAUCUGAAUCUCUCCUUCAGAAGGGAUUACUUCAAACAGAAGAAUAGUACGAAAAAUAACGGUACUAUCAAGGGCGAAGAUCGUAUAAAGUCAAUAUAA